AUGCAGAAUAAUGUCACUGAAUUUGUUUUCUUGGGACUGUUCAUGAACAAGGAAAUGAGGAUUUUAAGUUUUGCAUUGUUCUUGUUAUGUUAUUUUGCGAUUCUUUUAGGGAACUUUGUCAUAUUUAUUACUAUUUCUUAUAGUUAUUUGAUUCAACAACCCAUGUAUUAUUUUCUCUGUCACUUGUCUCUUAUGGAUUUGGGGUAUACAUCCACCAUCAUACCCAGGCUUAUCAGGGAUUUAGUUGCCAAAAGAAAAACCAUCUCUUAUAAUAGUUGCAUGACUCAGCUCUUCAGUGCUCACUUACUGGGUGGUGUUGAGAUGUUCAUCCUGGUGUCAAUGGCUUUUGAUCGCUACAUAGCCAUUUGUAAACCCUUACACUACCUGAUAAUUGUGAACCGGAAAAGAUGUAACUUGCUAAUCUUGCUUGCCUGGGUUGUGGCCUUUUGGCAUUCUAUUGCCCAGUUAUUUAUGAUCCUUCAGUUACCUUUCUGUGGCCCUAAUCAGAUCGAUCACUACAUAUGUGAUGUGAAACCCCUCCUGCAACUUGUCUGCAUGGACACAAGAAUUGUCAACAGUUUAGUCAUUGCAAAUACUGGAAUGGUAGCAUUAGUUACUUUUGUUGUCUUGGUGUCAUCGUAUAUUGUCAUAUUAUAUAAUCUUCGAACACACUCAUCAGAGGGUAGAAGAAAAGCUCUUGCUACUUGUGGUUCCCACAUUAUGGUUGUGGUCCUUUUCUUUGUGCCCUGUAUCUCCACUUAUGUUCCUCCUGUCAGAGCUGGAAAUAAUGACAAAGAAUUUUCAGUGUUUUAUACAGUGAUUGCACCUAUGUUGAAUCCGCUCAUUUACACACUGAGAAAUGUAGAAAUGAAGAAUGCUAUGCUGAAAGUGUGGUCUAGAAAAAGACAAUUAUUAUUCAAUUGCAAUUUAUGA